AUGUAAUAUAGAUCAAGUAAACCUCCUUAAUCGGUUAAGAACUAACCAGGGUCAUUCUUUCCUAAACAACCUUAUUCACCUGCUAAAUCACAUAUAGAACAAUUUGUGUCUGAAAAUCCUACUCCACAUUAUCGAAAAUAAUAACAAGCUUAUCCUCCUCGAUAAAAUUCGUUUAAUAUGUCAAGUGGGGAAAGUUUAGAAUAAUUUCAUAGAAAGCGUUAAAAUUCCAAUUUUAGUUAAGAAAAAAAAGCAAAAAAUUAACUAUUUAAUAUCUUAUUCAAUAAUACAAAGCGUAAUGAUAGUUUUUGUAAAGACACCAUGUAUUACAUAAUUAUUAAUAUUAAGGAAAAAACAAACGAGAUAAAACUCAUUUAAUAAUUAAGUUUAAAACUGGUAUCUUCCUAAUUAACAAAAAUUAUCAUAAACUAUGUAAAAAAAGUAACUAAAAAUUAAUAACAGCAUUGAUGGAUAAUAGACUGUUGAUAUUAGUUUUGAAAACAACUUAAUUAAAGGAUAUUAAGAUUAGAGUGGUUUUCAAAGUGAUACAACUAAACCUUCUGAAGAAUAUAAUCCUAGAGCCAUUAAACUAUUUGAAAAAGGCAAAUAAUUAUUAAGAGAAAAAUAAAUUGAUGAAGCAAUUGAGUAAGCUAUAUAUUUUAAUUUAAAAGUUUAUUAAAAAAAUGUAUAGAAUUUGAUACCAGAUUAUUAGAAGGUCAUUAUUUUCUAGGAAUUGCUUUUUUAGGAACUUAAAUGUAUUAAAAAGCAAUUACAGAAUUCUAAUUCGUAAUCUAAUAGGAUGCAGUUCAUCGCAAAAAUAUUUAUCUUUUAUUAGCAAUAUCUCAUAAAAAGAUGAAUGAAUUAGAUUAAGCUAUUUAAAUUCUCAAUAAAGUGAUAGGAAUGUUUCCAAGAUAUUAUGAUGCAUAUAUAUAUAGAGGGAAAUUAUAUACCAAACUUAAUUAAAUUGAUAAAGCAGAAUAAGAUUUUAAUAUUGCAAUUCAAUUAAGUCCAUAAAAAGGUUUAGGUUAUUUAGGCAAAGCAGAUUGUUUAAGAAUGCAAAGUUAAUAUAAAGAAGCAAUUAAAUGUUAUUAAAAAGCUAUUAAUUGUGAAUAAGCAGUUGGAAAUGCAGCUACAUUAAAAAAAGCCAUAACUCUAUAUGAAAGCUAGUAAUAUGAUGAAUGUGCUAAAGAUUUAACAAAACUAUUAGAAACUGAUCCUACUAAUUCAGAAGCUUAUUAUUUUAAAGGAUUAAGCAAAUUAAAAAUAAGUAAGUAUAUAUUUAUAUUUUAGAGAAUGCAACUGAAGCAUUGUUAUGUUUCGAAUAAGCCAUUAAGCAUAACAAUUCAAAAAAAGCAGUUACUAAAUCAUUAUAUGAAAUUGCUAAAAUGAAAAUUGAAUAAAGAGAUUUUUAUGCAGCUUAUCAUACUUUGAAUAGAUCUUCAAUGCUUGACACAGAGAAAACUUAUUUAGAAAAAUUUAGAUUAUUUACUGAAGUAAAUUAAUUGAUUUAAAUUUAGGCUGUAAUAUUUUUAAUGAAAAGAAAAUUUUAAGAAAGUAUGCUAAAUUUUCAGGAAAUAUAAAAUAAUCAUUAAUUAAAUGAUUUUUUAAAACCUUUAUUCUAUGCAUAUAGAGCUUAUGGACAUUUUUGCUUAUCUAAACAUUAAAAAGCACUUGAUGAUUAUAAAUAUUUAUUAGAAAUUUAACCAGCAGAAUCAAGUGUUCAUUAUAAUAAAUUUUUAUGUGAAGGAAUUUUGAAAGUAUAAUCUGGAUUAUUUAAUGCUGGAAUAGAAUUCUUUUAAAGAGCAUAGAAAAUAUUUUAAAAGAAAAUGGAACCAACAUUUUAUUUGGGAGUUACUUACAUUAAUUAAUCAUUUAAAAAAAAAAGUGAUUAAUAAAAAGAUAUCAUAAAAGGAUUAGAAUUGUUAGAUAAGGCAAAUAGUAUGAAUGAUUAAAAUGCUAAUUUAUAUUAUGUUCGAUCUAUAGUAAAAUGCUUUUUAGGUUAAGUUAAUGAAGCAUUAUAAGACAUAGAAUCUGCAAUAUAGAAAUCAGAGGAUAACGUUGCAAAAUAUUUUUAUUUUAGAGCAAUGGUUUUUGGAAUACUCAAAUAAUACAAACAUUCUUUAAAUGAUUUUAGUAUUUGUUUAACAUUAGAUGAAACAUUUGCUGAUGCUUAUUUAAAUAGAGCUAAAUGCCAUUUCUUAAGUGGAGAUUCAAAUUCUGCAUUCUAAGAUUUAUAAUAAUGUAUUUAAAUUCUUUAAGAUGAUCCAAGAAUGCAUGUUUGGGCUGGCAAUUUUUUAUUUGCAAAUGCUGCAAUUGAAGAUGCUAUCAAAGCCUAUUCAAAUAAUAAAGAUUUUAAAAAUAAUCCAAAAUUAUUAUAGUUACGAUCUGAGUGUUAUAUGGUUUUGGGGGAUUUGAAUCUAUGUUAAGAUGAUAUUAAUCGAUUGUUUAAAUUAACUAAAGAUAAGACUGCUGAAUUUGAUAAAGAUAUAUUAUAAGCUUUGAGAAUUGUUUUUAAAGAUGAUUAAUAAAUAUAUUUUAAUGAAGAAAGUGAAAAUGAGUAAAUAGAGUUUAAAAACAAUCUUAAUAAAGCAAUUAGUAGUCUAUCUCAAUUAUGUAGAGGUAAUGGUAAGUUAUUUUAAUCAUUUCAUGUUUAUAUAUUUCGAGGGGUAUUUUUAUUUCACUUAGAAAAAUAUGAAGAUGCUUUAAGAGAUUUUUAAAUGGCAAAAAGUCAAAAAGAACUUUCUAUUACAGAAAAAAGAUUAAAAUAAAGGGAAAGUUAAUCAGAUAUUUUCAUUGAUGAAGAAUAUCAUGAACUAACUGAGGAUGAAGAAGAUGCUGAUUUACUAGAAAUAUUAGAAAUUAAAUUUAAUGAAUUAAUAUGUUUAGUUAUACUUAAGCAAUUUAAAAAAGCUAAAGAAAAAUGCAAAUAAUUAAUAGAAAAUAUAAAUGAAGCUAAGUAGGAAGGUUUAUAAAUUUUAUUAAUGCAUAUUGAAUAAAUUUUAAUGAGAGAUUAACAAACAAUUGAUUAUUAAAGAGUAAUUAGUUUAUAUGAUGAACCUAAAGAGAAUAUUAUUUGCUUUUAAGUUCCUAUAGUAUUUGUAGAUGGAUUUAAGAUUCGUUUAUCAUUCAGUUUACCAAAAUUAUCUCCACCAUCUUUAGCCAUAACUUUUGACAAAAAAUUAGUUUAAGAUAUUGGAGUAUUAAAUAAUCAUUUAUUCAAUUUAGCCAUUAUCUGUAGAAAAUAAACCAGAAGCUCCUUGGAUAAGAAGAGAGUAAUAAGAUGAUAUGAUCAUAUUUACAGAAAAUGUUUAAUUAGUUGAUGAUAUUAGAUUAGAAACUGAAAAAGAUGAUGAAUAACCUCAAUAAUAAUAAUAAAUGUUAGAAAUUACUUAAAUUAAAAAUAAUCUAAUGUUAGAUAAAGAUAUUGAAGAAAAAUUGUAAAGAUUUUUCGAUAAAAAAAAUAAAUAAAAAUGA